AUGCAUCCAAUAGACAAAGUAUGCUCAGUGUCUAACUUUCCGAUGUGUGAACACCUGAGCGAUGAGAUUUGUAAAGACGUGAGUAGAGGAUCUCUUCUGUUCAAAACCAAGGUGUCCUCUCCAACAACUGUAAUCCUUCUGGUUAUGGUCAUGCUGUCUGCUGUGAGAAUGAUCAGACAUGUGAAGGCUCUAUGCUCUUCUGUUGGACGCAAAGAGAUGCUUGUGUUUUUUAACCUAUAUUUUGGGUCUGCUGCACUAGAGGCUGUGCUUGUAGGGUUUAAGGAAUCUAUCUCUAAGCAAACACACUUGUUUCUCACCUCCAUUCAACUAUCAUUGUACACUUCAGGAUUCUUUUCUCUCUUUGUGGGAAGUAUAACUGUAGACAUGUUCACAGGAAUUCUCGGAUUUAGAGCUGCAACCCUACUCAAAAUCUCCACAGCCAUCUAUUCCGUGGGAAUAGGAACAGUUAUAUUUACGGGGCUGACUGCCCCAGCCAAGGAAAUUGCCUCGAUUCCUUUUUUUGUUCUGAAUCCACUCUUUUUCUUCCUAUACAUGGUGUUUCAGAUCAAAAGGCUUAGAAAAACAGAUGGUGAAGUGUGGGCGUAUGGUACCCUGGUAAUAUCAACAACAUGCUUUUUAAUUGCAAAUACAGUUUUAUUUGUCGGAUCGAGAAUGAUAGGACUAAUGACAGACAGAUACUUUGAUAAUCUUUUUUUCUACCAUUUUUUUAUCCUCUGUACAUUCAUUAUGAUACACAAAUACUGGCUGUCUGUUUAUAAUUACGAAGUUGAGUCUCUGCAACUUGAAGUGUAA